AUGGGCGCUCUCCUCUCUUUACCACUGCUGGCGCUGCCCAGUGCAGCUACUCUCUGGUCCGUCGGUGCAUCAUGCUGUGGUGCUGCUACCUGCUCAGCGCUUUGCUCGGCCUGUGGCAAGUUCCGCAGUAGCAUCGCAACCCGUAUCGCCUACGCCGUCCUGCUCCUCAUCAACAGCAUCCUUGCCUGGAUCAUGCUCACACCCUGGGCCAUCCGCAAGCUCGAACAUCUCACACUCGAUUAUAUGACCUUCAAAUGCGGUGACAGCACCUGCUAUGGCUACUUCGCUGUCCAGCGCAUCAACUUCGCCCUUGGCCUCUUCCACAUCGCCCUCUCCGUCUUCCUUAUGGGCGUCACCUCCACCAAGAACCCACGCGCGGGCCUGCAAAACGGUUACUGGGGCCCUAAGAUCAUUGCCUGGCUGGCUCUUAUCGUUAUUUCCUUCCUGAUUCCUGAAGGGUUCUUCAUGUUCUGGGGGAAAUACAUCGCUUUCGUGGGCGCCAUGCUAUUCGUUCUACUCGGCCUGAUCCUCCUCGUCGAUCUUGCAUACCAAUGGGCCGACAUGUGUCAGGAACGUAUCGAUACCGCCGAAGACAACAACGAUAGCGCGUCUUUGCGCAUCUGGCAAGUCUUGCUGGUCGGCUCGUCCCUCAGCAUGUAUUUGGCCGCCUUCGCCAUGACUAUCAUUAUGUACAUUUACUUCGCCAAGUCACACUGCAGCAUGAACAUCAGCGCCAUCACCAUUAAUCUCCUGCUCACCCUUGUCGUCACCUUCAUCUCCGUCUUGCCUUCCGUCCAGGAUGCCAACCCUAAAGCCGGCAUUGGACAGUCCGCGAUGGUGGCCGUCUACUGCACCUACCUCACCUUCUCCGCCGUUUGCAUGGAGCCUGAUGACCAGCACUGCAAUCCACUGAUCCGCGCCCGUGGUGCCCGAACUACCACCAUCGUUCUCGGCGCACUUGUCACCAUGCUAACCAUCGCAUAUACCACUACACGUGCUGCAACCUAUGGUUUCGCACUGUCAUCCGGCAAUGCUGCUAACGGCAGCUACGCGCAACUAUCACAGGCCGACGCAGCGGACAGCCACUCCGAACAUGGACUCGUCACCACGCAGCCAGCCUCGCGUCGCGAGAUCAUGCGCGCAGCCAUCGAAUCCGGCGCACUACCAGCCAGCGCUCUCGAUGACGAUUCCGACUCAGACGACGAAGAUACCCCAGCAUCACGCAAGAAGGCUACCGAUGACGAGCGCCUCGGCACCCAGUACAACUACAGUCUGUUCCACGUCAUCUUCUUCAUGGCCACCUGCUGGGUCGCAACACUACUGACCCAGCAAUUCGACCCCGAGACAGCGGCGGGCGACUUCCAGCCUGUGGGCCGUACCUACUGGGCCAGCUGGAUCAAGAUUGUCAGCGCGUGGUGCUGCUAUGGGAUCUACGCGUGGAGUUUGGUCGCGCCGGCUGUGCUGACGGGGCGGGAAUUUAACUAA